AUGGCAUGUGUCAGCGGGUCCGGUGUGUGGUGGGACAGAAGAGGAGGUAGCAUGCUGCUGUUCUUUUGGAUUUUCACAGCAGUCUGUCCAUCCCUCCUCCAGCCUCCUUUCCCUCUCUCCCUGCCAGUCCACAUGUCAGUUGUCCCUCAUCCUUGGCAGUUCCUGCCUCUGUCCCAGGCAGAGCUCGGCCCUCUUUUCUCCAACUCCAGCCCCUUCUCUUUCUCAAAGAGCCUCUUCAUGAUACCCCCACCCAACUGGGGUCCCAGACCGGGCCUCCAGGCUUCAUUUGGCCCUUACUCAGUGACACAGCUCAUAUCAGAGGCUGUCCUCCCUCUCUCCCCCCCUUUGUCUGCCUCCCUCCUCUCAGAGCAUGUAGAGAGAGGAAGGGAUAAGGCAGGGCAGGAAAGGUUCCUGUUGAGGACACUGUUCCACAAGUGGGGUGACACAAGCAACCGAAGGACCUGUGUUACCCUGCAUGCCUUCAAGGAUACAGAGGAGCACAAGGCCUCCUGUAUAACACAGCCUCCUCUAGGGCUAUGUGUAGCUACUCUCACGCUGCCCAGUAACUGGUUCGAGGAUCAGAACACAAAUCGAUCACAUGCGGAUUUGCACAAGUGGCAAAGUAGAAUCCACCCUCACAAUCGCAUCCACCAGCGUGAACGGCAGCGGAGUGGACAUCAUCACAGCAACCCCGUCAACCGUCAGCGUGCGAGUUCUCCUUCACUGAGGUAUCAUCCAGGUGUUAAUGGGGACACCCACGCAGAUGUUCCACAGGCCCUCAGAUACCCAAGGGGUCCUACGAGAAGCCAAAUACAGCUCUACUACUCCAAUUUUGACACGGUGGCCAACCUGAAGCUGACACCACCAGGAUGUGUAGAGGACCGAGAGGCUCAGUCCCAGAGGCAGCUCUUCCAUAUCAAAGCAGUGGCACUGAGGGAGGAGGAGAGGGAGACGCAUAUAGGCCAGAGGAGGACCAAAGAAGAAGAAGCCUGCUUGAACAGGCAGGAUGGGGAGGAGCUUAGCUUGGACUCCCAUGUCGUGAUUCGCUACCACAGGGGACCAGUCCUGAUAGGACAGCCAAUCAGGAUGUCUGUAAAUCUAAGAUCCAACUUCAGCUCAGAGUUUGUUGUCAUAAGGCUGAAGGUGAAGAAGGGCUUGGUGUCGAUGGUGGCACAGAGAACCCUGACCUCUGACCUGUGGGCAGUGACCUUGGAGAAAAGUCAAGGAUCCAAACAUGAUGUGUUGUCCAUCCUCUGCCACAAACACAGUACACUCAAGCACUCGCACAAUUCCACCCUUCUUCUGCAGGUAGUGUGUCUGUCAGUAGACGGUUUGAGGCGAAGCUUCGGUGUUGCCAUGACCGUGUCAGCUAACUGGUGGGUGGAGUACUCUGGGCGCAAUAACCUGCCAUCGCCACGAGGGGAGACAGCUAGCACCUUCUCAUUCACUGACAGACACAUUGUUGGGAUUGCUCCCAUCACAGAGAGUAACAAGAUCAUCAACACCGCCAUACUGACCAACCAGCGAGUAUCACUUCCUGUCAUUGUGCUGGCCAUAAGCCAUAAUGGGAAGCUGUCAGAUGUCACCGCUGCAGUCACAUGUCACUCUACCAACGAGAACACUCUCAAGGUGUCCAGUGAUUGCUCCACCCUCUUUGUGGAUGGCAGCGAAUCAGGGUUGGGCAACACGUGUGCAGUGGUGGAGUUUCUACUGGGCGCGCUCAGCGGCUCUGUGUGUCUAGAGGUCUGGGCUCCGUCUGUGCCCCUGCGAGUUUCCUUGUCAGACCCCAUUCUCAACGCCAUCAGUGGCUGGAACCACCUCACAGAGAACGGGUGUGUGCCGGUGUAUCAGCGCACCACGGUUCAGGUUCUGGCUCAGUUCACAGCUCAGGACUCCCGCAGUAGAACGGUACACCUCUUAAACUCGUCUGAUUGGUUCGUGGAUGUGACAGAGCUGGUCCGUGAGUGGCUGAGAGUGGAGGACCCUGGAGUGGCUUCCCUCGGCACCCAGGACAACCUGAUUGGUUUACGGCCAGGAAAGACUUCACUCUAUGUUGUCUCGGAGCAGUGGGAUGGCGUGUUGGGCAGAUGUGACAUCACUGUGACCUCCGAGCCUGUUACCCCUGCAGACCUUUCAGUACAAGUGGUCAAUGGCCUCGGCAUGUCAGUCAUGGGCAGCCCAACACACCCUUCCAUUGUCACAACAACAGUGACGGCCUACAAUAUCCUGUACAACCACCAACAGGAGGCGUCCAUCAGCGUUUGGCUUCAGUUUAGCGAUGACGCCGCCUCCCUCCUCUCCUCCUUCAGUGACCUUCCCUAUUUCCUGCGUCUCUCCUCAUUGGCUGAGACUGUGGUUGUGGUGACACCGGGCCCCAACCAACGCAUCUUUGCCCAGGGCGAUGGAGGUGGGCCGUUACUGCGAGCAGAACUUCUGGUUUCAACCUGCACUGACCAGCCAGUCACCUCCAACUUGAUAAUCGAAGGCAACACAGAUUGGACAGACACAGGGGGAGGAGGCAGGAUUAGGAGGCUAGCAAGGGGAUCUGGUUGGAUAAGAGUCAACCUAGACCUGGGCUUCCUGCAGCCAUCAGGGGACAAGGGGGAGGAGGGGGAGGAGUUUGAGUUUGAUAUAUCAGACAUGCUGGUUGAGUCAGACAGCAAUGUCUACACAUCAAACUUUGAUGAAGACAACAGUGGAAAUGUGAGCAACGACUACUAUGACAAGAUAAGCGGGGGAGUGUCUAAUAGAAAUUGGAACAAGGUGGGGAACAGAGGCAUGGUCAGUCGCAACAAUCUGGAAAGAGCUGUUCUGAUGCCAAGCCAGCAGGAGGGCUCUGUGUACUUCUCUCCAAGCCAUGAGAGAGAGGGAGAGAGGGACGAGGAGGGUGGACAAGGAACUCGAGAGCUGGAGAUCGGUGUUGGUGCUGUCCUCUCUCUGCUCUGUCUCUCUGCCGUCCUCUUCUUGGCAAACUGCCUGCCCUGUGCCCUGCGAGACAGGAGGAGGGCAACGGCUGAGGAGAGGAUGGAAGGGGAACUAGAGGGUGGCACAAAGGUAAAAGAGGAGGAGGAGACGAUGAAAGAAGAGGCAGAGGACAUCGACGCAGGUGAGAGGAAGAGGACAGAGGGUGAAGACGACAUAAAGCAGAAGCAGCAGAAGGAAGAGGAGGACCAGGACAAUAGAGAGGACAUUAAAGAAGUGGAGAUCAUUUGCUGACACAUUCACAGGCUGAGCUUCAAAUCAAAUCUGUCCUCAUUCUAAUAAAAAAGCAACAACGAAAAUGACGGUGCAUUUAAAACCUCUUGGAGAUCUAGCUGCUCCAAAUAUCCAACUAGGGACAGAAAUACGUCCACACUUUGUUCACUGCUGAGGGUCAAGACUGAAAUUAACUGAUACUCUGGGCACUAUUCAGGGUUUAAACUUUUCCUUUAAACUCUGCAGUGGCUCUAGAAUAUAAGAGGGUCGUCCCUGUCUCCUUUUAACGCUAACCCUAACCCCCCGAAGAUUCAUGGUAGUGAGAGUACCAGUAACUAUGUGAUAUGGGAUAUAAUGCCACAGCAUUACUCCAAUGCACCAGUUUGUGGUCUCUCAUACCCCCGUGCAACUGUGACAUCACUUUGUUUUCGGGAUGUUUUGUAGCGUCACUUGUGACACAAUGUGAUGUUGCACUCUAAUAUGUAAAUUCAAUUUCACAGCUAAAUCUGUUGGUUUAGAUUCUUGAAUCCAGCUCAUACUUGUUUUUCACUAUUUCACUCAGAUUCAGCUUUAUUCGUCUAACUGUGCAUAACUGUCAUCCUUUGUCAUUGGUUUGUGUGACUUUAAGUUUUGAGUAUGGAUGUUUGUUUGAUUUGUUAUAUUUUUCCUGAUGCACCAGGGCAAAUAACCAUUUCACCUUUCAAACCUUUGUACAAAUUGAUAAGGGCAGCAUCACCAUCAGGUAGCUUUAACUGGCUGAUUUAGGAAAACCUACUUAGAACAAGGUCUUCCAAGUCCUUAUUUAGAGACCUCGAAUUUUAACAGUAGUUUACAGCAUGACAGCUGAAACUGAGCAAUGCUUCUUAUUGAGUAUCAUAGCCUAAACAGUUCGGUGUAUCAGGGUUGGCUUUAGCCAUCACCACAUUUUCAAUGAGGUUUAAAAAUGUGGUCAAAGGAACAUUUACAUGUUCACGGCAAUAGAGCGACUGUAAAUACUACUACUGCAUCUAUUGAGAACAAGAGCUCCAUGUAAUAAUCCUGCUGACGCUACAGGAUUUAUGGUGAUAGUUGCAGUUGUCUAUCAGUGCACCCAGGCUUUAUUCAGUCCACUGGAUCUUUACUCAGUCAAUCAGACAUUUAUAAAAUCAAUCCGGUCUUCACUCAGUCGAACCAUGAUGCAGUUGAUGAUAUGUGGUUAUACACAUCAGUGGACUUGAAAGCAGGUUGACAGAACAUGAUUUGCUCUUAUUAAAUAAAAUGAAACUUCCGAAGCAGAUGAGAUUUCCAGACCAAUUGUACCUCAGUGGAUUGACAGCUGUUGAUGUCUUUAUUCUAUCCAGUGUAUAUACUAUGUAUUUACAGGCCAUUGAAUAAUGACUUUGUAUUUUGAAACUACAUAUUUUAAUCCAAACCUGAAUCUUCUCUUUUCUUAAUGUGUCAUCUCGUCUGUGGCUUUAUCUGAUCUA